AUAAGCUAAUACAACUUAAAGAUAUUUUUGAACCUGAAUGUAUUACAGAUUUUGGUUAUCAAACUUUGAUUUAUUUAGAACAACUUGAUGAUCCAAAUUCUGUUACAACUGCAACUAAUAUUGUAAAUUGGUAUUAUUUUCAUUUGUUAGAAAAUUCUUCACAUCAAA